AUGGGGGACGCUGACCAGAAAGGGAUCGGGAUGUCGUUUGAGGCACCCUGCUCGUCCGUCUCCAAGCGAUCAGAAGAUCUAGAGGAGGUGCACCUUGUGAAGGUAGCCGGCUACGAUUUCAACCGCGGGCUGGAUCUCAUGGCGUUGCUGAAGUCCUUCAGUACCACUGGGUUCCAGGCCUCCAACCUCGGAGACGCUAUAGAAGUCGUUAAUCAGAUGGUAAGAUCGGUUGAUUUGUCUACAAGCAGAGUCUCUGCCCUCCAGAUCUCACACGUUGACUAAUCAGCUCGCCUGGAGACUCUCCUACGAGGAACCAGCAGAGGACUGCCCAGAGGAGGAGCGCGACCCAGCUUUCAGAGAAAGCGUCAGAUGCAAGAUAUUCCUGGGUGUCACCUCGAAUCUCAUAUCGUCUGGUGUCCGAGACACAGUUCGUUUUCUUAUGGAGCACAGAAUGGUGAGAAAUAUUACAUGUAUGUACUACGCCCAUAUCCUCCACUUGUUGGAAGAUAGUCUCUGGGUGCUUGCGCUUUAUACCUGAUUAAAGAUAAAAAAAAAUUGCUCUGAGACUGGAGACCUGUGAGAGGCUUUGGUAUACAUAUUGAACCAAAAAUGAAACAAUUUCUAUGGCUGCUUGAAUAUCUCUCCUACAUUCCUUGUUCUGCAUCUCAAAUUCAGAGUGAUAUUUUGCUUUUUCCAUUAUUAUCUGAUUUUUUCUACGUCACAAUCCCUCUUCCUCAUGUUAUCUUGUUUUCUACAUCGUCUUUUAGGCCAUCUCUCAUUGCUUCCAUUAUUUUCUGCAUCGCUAGUGCACUCUUUUUUCUUCUUAUUUCCCUUAUCCGUUCAGCUUUUUAUCUAGAAUAUUUCCUCUCGUAUGCAUGCAUCUGUUGUUGCAUUUUUUAUUCUUUUUCUUAUCCCUUCAGCUUUUUUAUCAGAAGGAGAGGGCUUAUUCAAAUUAUUGGUGGCCCCCUCUCACUCAAUACAGCAGUAAUUCUUCCUCGGUAAAGUUGUCAAUGAUUACACUGUAGAGUUGACCUGAUAUAUCUUGGCUCUGCUGACCUGUAAAGUCAGCCCGCCUUGUGGAUUGUUCGCAAUGAAUAUACACGGCCUUUGGUUCUCUUCCCCAUCAUCUAACGCACACUGAUUCACCAUGAUCCUCACCACUUCCCACGCUCACACUCCCUUUCGAACAACUGGUGGAGCGUGAGUUUGCCUCACAUAUAUAUCCUUUAUUGUUGCAUCAUCCUUCAUCUCACACUUCUCUCACGAGGUUCAGAUAUUCCAGCUAUGUUAUUUUCAUAUGUUAUUCUAUAAUAUCAAAAGAAUUCUGGUCUAAGUCUCUCUUCCCAGUUCUUUAUUAUUAUUUUUCCCCAUUCUCGUUUUUCUUCGAUCUGCAGGUGGACGUAUUGGUGACGACCGCUGGGGGCAUAGCCGAAGAUCUCAUUAAAUGCCUUGCGCCCACAUACAAGGGCGAUUUUUCCCUCCCCGGGGCCUCUCUGCGCUCUAGAGGAUUCAAGCGAAUCGGGAACUUGCUCGUGACCGACAACAGCUACCAGAGAUUCCAGGACUGGAUUGUUCCCAUUCUUGACCAAAUGCUGGAAGAGCAGAGGACCGAGGUAAGCCUUCUGGUUGACGUAGAUCACAGCCGUUGAUCCUCAUUCGGAACUGCAAGGUCAACGGCCACCGCAUUUCUCUUCGUCAUCUUCAUUAGAUCACCUGCAGCCACUUACGGAUGGAGCUCGCUCCCAUUCUGCAGGACGUACUCUGGUCGCCGUCCAAGGUCGUCGCCCGCCUGGGAAAGGAGGUCAACGACCCAAGUUCCUACCUGUACUGGGCCUCCAAGGUGCAUUGCAGUCAAUCUAUAUUUAUUUCACGUGUAGUUAGAAAAAUAAUAUUAAAAAAAAUCACUCUCUCAUAUCCCAAACCCUCCACAGAACAAUAUCCCUGUAUUCUGCCCCGCGCUUACCGACGGCUCCCUGGGCGACGUGCUCUACUCCCACUCACGAAGCAACCCUACACUGGUCAUCGACAUCGUCCAAGGUGCCCUGGGAUAAUAAUAAUAUUGUUAUUAAUAUUAUGUUGACAUUUUAUUUCAUUUUUUGCGGUGUGCUCGUCAGAUAUAAGGGCAAUUUACUCGGAAGCAGUGCGGGCGGGGCCCAGGAAGACGGGGAUGAUCAUCCUCGGGGGGGGCCUCGCGAAGCACCACGUCUGCAACGCGAACAUGAUGCGGAACGGCGCGGACUACGCCGUGUACAUCAACACGGCGGAGGAGUUCGACGGCAGCGAUUCUGGGGCCCACCCCGAUGAGGCCGUCUCCUGGGGGAAGAUCAGAGGCUCCGCCAAACCCGUCAAGGUAUGUAAAAUUACCCUAUCCUUCCUCCUCCUUUCCUCUCUCUCUCUCUCUCUCUCUCUCUCUCUCUCUCUCUCUCUCUCUCUCAAAGUUUGUUUGAAGUGACCAUAUCGCGCAGAAACUUGUAGAUUUUUGUGUGAGAUCGUUCAGCUGAUACUUGGAAAAAUUCGCUUCCAUUGUUGCUUGCGGUUGAUCGUGGGUCUGACCACGCCGAGUGUUGCUCCUUCCAAUCAGGUACACUGCGAUGCGACCAUCGCCUUCCCUUUGCUGGUAGCGGCGACAUUCGCGAAGAGCAUUGACAGAAGCGCCUGA